AGUGCAGGCAGCUAUCACUGCAGUGCAGCAGCUAGCUAACCAACCAACCUGAGUACUGACAAAUAAAUAUGGAGGAAAUGAUGUUACAAGUCAACGGCUGUCAGACUGACCCCCCCUGCUCGGGCCCCUAAACAUGUCCACAGAUGACAGUAUCUCUGAGGAUGUGUCCAGCUCGGGGGCCUUGAGCCACUGCCAUGCCAGCGCAGACGGGGAUGGAGGAAAGGAGAGCGAGACCUCUCUGGUGUCCUCGGAGGGGACAUCGGCCUCUGGGCUGGCCGUCUCAGAGGGCAGACACACAACCUCCCAGACCACAGGGGGCGCUGUGGAGAGCAGGGCCGUGGACAUCACACCAGCAUGCAACAAGAUCAGGAGUCUGUGUCUGAGCACAGACGAGGCGUUCCAACCGGGGAAGAGCCUCCCAUUCAUCAACCCGAGCUCCCUGGAGACUUUGAGGGCUUUGGUGCAGGAGAUCCAGAGCAGCGGAGAGACAGACCCCGAGAUCUGGAAGGACUGUGAGGGCCGAUGGUUGCAUCUGUUUCAGCUGGUCGAGAAGCAAUACCAAGAGCAAAUCCUCGCUCAGCAAGAACAAUACCAGUGCCAAAUACAGUUGAUUCAGGAUGAAAUCAAGGCUCUGGUUCAGCUCCAGAAUCGCCAGGCCUGCAUCCUGCCACACUCAGAGCUCUCUCCAACUUCAGUGACCAAAACGACAGCGAACACAAAGGACUAUAUUUUCCCCCUCCUCUCCACCCACUGCACAAACUCCAAGCACGUGGCUAGUGACACUGACAGCCUGGUAGCCCCUGCACACACACCCUUUAGCUCCCCGUCACCUCCUCUGCAGAGAUCAGAGACGGCCCACCACGGCGAGGAGCGGGCCACCACGGGGCUCAGCAGCGGGUACGGGACUCUCUCCGCCUGGGAAACGGGUCUGGAACUUGCCGGGUCUCCGGGGAACGAUGAGGAUGGGACACAAGUGAGGGAGAAGCACCAGUGGUCCCCAAACUUCCAGGAUGACUCAGAGACAGUCUUGGUCGGCUGCCAGAGGGACUUCACCGACGAGAAGCGACUCCGAGUGGAGGAAGCGAACACAUCAGUGUACCAGCACAGAGCCUCUGGCAGCACCAGCCAGCCUCUGACCUCCUGGGCCCAGAGACAGAAACUCAGGCCCAAGAAGAGCAAAGCAGGACACGCUUCAUCCCAAACCCUGGAGUACCAGGAGCAGCCUCAUGGCCUCAGAGAGCCACCCAAACAAACCCCCCCAGAGAUCUGCGACACCCAGGACCAGCAGAGAGCCGUCGGGCCGUCGUCCAGCUCGUUCCCCCUGAGGAGGAGUGACAGCCUGAUGUCGGAGGCAUCAGGUCUCACGUAUUGGCGUCUGAAUGAGAGCGAGCUGUAUCACCCUCUGCCGGACAGCUUCGACAGCGGCGCCUACCUCCUCCUGCAUGAGGCCUCCAUCAGUCUGACCCCCUCCCAGGAGCCUCGGCUGUCCCUCAAAGAGAUCUAUCGGAACAAGCAGAGGACAGACUGUAAACGCUCAGACUGGGAAGGUUCUGUUACAUCCAGUCCAACCUCUCCGCAGAUGUUGACGUUGGAUCCGGCAGCUAACCAGCGGCACUCUGAUCGAACGUCCGGCUUCACCUCGCCCUCCCACUUCAGCAGCCCCUCAUUCGCCGCUCAGCCACACCUCUACCCCCGAGUAGGGACCCCCGUGACCCCCGACAGCAUGGUGGAGGGCAGCCAGAACCCCGGAGACACAGACUGCCCCUCCGACACCUCCAGCGCUUCAGCUGCUGGACCCUCCCCGUCCAAAACCCAGACCAUGUGGGGGAAGACGGUCCAGGAUCAGACGCAGCAGCGCAGAGCCAGUGCCCCCUUAGCCAGCGAGGAGGAGGGCAGCCACACCCACACCAGCACCCUGAAGCCCGGAUCCACCUCUGGGUCCUCUCUAAGGCCUGCAGUCAGUCCUCACAUGGAGAGAGCUUCCUCUCUGGAGGAUCCUGUCGUCCUUUCUCUGCUGAGGCAGAACCUGAGAGAGAAGCACUCCCGACACGUGGCCGAUCUGAAGGCAUACUACGAGUCUGAGAUCCAGACCCUGAGAGACAAACUGAAGCUCUCAGAUCUGCCCAAAGAUUUAGAGAAGAGCAACCACGCCCUCACAGAGAGGUGUAAGCAGCUGGAGCGAGCUCUGUCGGAGGCCACCUGCCGGAUUCAAGAGCUGGAGGCCACAAACAGCUCUCUGGAGAUGAAACUGGCGGAGUGGCCGGAGCGGUACGCGGUUGCAGGUGCGACGGUGAAAUCUCUGCAGCAGCGACUGGAGGAGAGCAAACGCUCCGGCAAAGAGAAGGACGCCAUGACGGCUCGUCUGAAGAGCCAGACCCGGCAGCUGGAGGAGGCGGUGCAGAGAGCGGGCAGGGAGGCUGACGAGAAGGAGGCGAGGAGGGAGAGGGAGUACAAGAUGCUGCAGGACCUGCUCGGAGAAUACGACUCUCUGAUGAAGGAGCACGAAGGAGUGAAGAACAACCUGGUGUCAACAGAGAGCAAGCUGGUCGAUGCCAAUGAUCAGAUAUCCGACCUGAGGAGAGUGAUCUCCAAACUGGAGUCCCAGGUGAAGCAGAUGGAGCACGAGAACCAGGCCAGAACCCGAUACGCGUCCCACAGCAACACACAACCGUCCGGGGCUGGUCUCUUCCACCAUCCUGACCUGCUGCUGUCUCCGAGUAAAGGCCGGAUCGAGCCCGACGUCACCCGCAGGAAGUCCCCGUGUCCUCUACCUGAGCAGCUGAACAGCAGCAGAAAAUCCCCGUUCCACAGCGUCCACAAGACGCCUCAGUAUCCAAUCAACGAUCAAUCAUCAGGAAAUGGAAGCUCCGUGGACGCUUCUGAAGGCGGUGGCGUGUGGAGGUGUGCCUCCCCUCCAGAGAGUGAGCAGUCUCUGCUGCAGCACAGACACCAGGAGCAGAGCGUCUGUCUGAGAGAGGCGGGUCGUAGGGACGCGUCCUGCAGCCUGACCCCCAUGAUGAGGGCUCUGAUUGAGCUGGAGGAGACCAGAGCCACAGAGAGCCGGGCCCCCUGGAUCGGCAGUCAGAGGACCACAGUCGGGUUUGUGGAGCGCAGACACAAAGAGGUGAUUCAGGAUCAAGUCAGGCUUCAGGCCCCCAUGGAGGUGGUCAAACCUGCGGGAGCUGCACUGCGAGCCGAGAGAGGAGGAGGAGGAGGAGGAGGAGGGAAGAAGAUGAAUGGAGCUGCAGCUUUGCUGAGAGCUCAGAGGGGUCUCUCUCCAGAGGGCCACAGAUCGUCCUCACUGCCUCCUCCUGCACAGAGAAACAUCCCCCCGACCACACCCACUAAGAGAGAAACUCUUCUCAUGCCUCUGUCUGCGAAGUCCAGUCCUAAACGCUGCCCCUCAGAGAACUACUCCACCGCUUUCGGUCUCCCGAUGCCAAGAGAGGAACACCUGAGCAAAAGGUUCGAUGGACACGUCGAUCAGAGGCGUCACUCGUUCCACAGCAGCAGUCCCAGAAAGAGACUCCAGUUCAUGUCAGCAGAGAGAGACGACGAAGUCCAGCACCCCUCAGAGUCCUCAGGCAGCAUGAAUCCCCUAGAGGGAAACUCCCAGCUGGGCUGGGAGGACCAGGCAGCCUGUGGUGGAUCUGACCUGCACGACCCCCCUGAGGACCCGGCCCCUCUCCUCCUGGACAGACUCCACUCGCUGGCUGAGGCCGAGAAACUGUUCGACGAGCUGACGCAGGAAAAACAGCAGAUUGAGGCAGCGCUGAGCCGGAUGCCUGGAGCAGGAGGUAGAGUGACUCUACAGUCCCGGUUAGAUGAGGUGGCCUUAGAGAACCGUCUGGAGAGAGUGAAUCGUGAGCUGGGAUCCAUCCGCAUGACUCUGAAGAGGUUCCACGUCCUCCGCUCCUCUGCCAACAUAUAGCAAUGUCUGUCUUUUUACAGUGUGGAUGCUAAAAACUUAGUGUCUUGAUUUUUCUUACAGUGCACUGAUUGUCUCCACGUCUCUUUUUGUGCCAUCUGUACAGCAGCAUCUUUUUAUACGUACCUCUUAUUACUCGGGGAUAUUUUUUACAUGUCUGGAAGAUAUGAAACUUUUGGAGUAUAUAUUUUUAGAAGACAGAUUUGUAAAGUCGUUUACUUUUUUAGUCACAGGAAUAUUAAUAUGACAUGUUUUAAUCGCCAUAUUCAGGUCUGGAUUUUUAAGCUGUUUCAGCAGACACAUUCAUCCACUUUGGGAAUAUAUGUCACUGCCAUUUUUAUUCACCUGUAAGGAUGUGUUAUUGCUUUAUUCCACAUGAGACCACUUCAUCGUAUUUAUUACAUGUUUAAGUUUUAUAUGUCAGAUUUAAUUUGUGUGCAUUGUUUCUUAUUGUUAAAGUAUGAUUGAGUUAUUUGUCUUUGGGCCAAAUUUAUCAAGAAGAAAAGAAAUGUUUACUUGAAUCAAAUCACCUUUUUUUCUGUUUACUCUCUUUAAACGCUCGUCACUUUGUUCGCUUCAUCUUUCAAACUCUGCUGUUUCUUGAAGAGAGCCACUUGUAAAAUCAAAACCAGCACACUUUCUGAGCGUCAAACACACACACACACACACACACACACACACACACACACACACACACACACACACACACACACACACACACACACACACAUUUCCACACAACUCUUUGGUCAGCUGUUCAAUGCCUGUGCAUGGGAUUUCUUGCACUGCUUCCUUUUUCCAUGCAGAUUUUCCAACCUGACAUGAACUUCACUGGAACUAUAAUGUUGUUGUUGCACAAUAAAUGAAGCUUUUUUGAUAA